CUCACACAUAUGCAUUUAUUUACAAUUCUCACACAUUUUUUCCAUAGCCAUAAUAACACCAAAGAAAAUGUCUUUAGUUGCAGAAGCAUCUGAUUUCCUCCAAGUCUUCUCCGACGGAACUGUAAAACGCUUUGCACCAGACAUAGUCACAUCUGCAAUGCAACCAAAAAAUGCAUACAAAUUCAAAGACCUUGUAAUCCACCCAUCAAAGCCUAUAACUGCAAGACUAUUCCUCCCUGAAUCUUCUGAGCCCAAGCCAUUUCCUGUUCUGGUUUACUUUCACGGCGGUGGCUUCUGCAUUGGCUCAACCACAUGGCUCGGUUACCACCACUUUCUAGGAGACUUGUCAGUCACUUCUCAGUCUAUCAUCCUCUCGAUUGACUACCGUUUAGCCCCGGAGAAUCGCCUUCCUAUAGCUUAUGAGGAUUGUUAUUCUUCACUUGAGUGGCUAUCUCUUCAGGUUGGUAACGAACCUUGGCUCAAGCAAGCUGAUCUCUCGCGUGUUUUCCUCUCCGGUGACAGCGCGGGAGGGAACAUUGCUCACCAUGUCGGUAUGAGGGCGAUACGGUGCAGAGUUCCUUGUGUUACAAUCAAGGGGUUGUUGUUGAUACAUCCGUAUUUUGGAAGCGAAAAAAGGACUGAGAAAGAGAUGAGCGACGGAGCAGCGAGUGAUGUUGAGAUGAAUGAUAUGUUUUGGGGAUUAAGCCUGCCAGAAGGAGCGAAUCGCGAUUACUACGGGUGCAAUUUCGAGAUGCAUUAUGUGUCUGCAGCGGAAUGGAGCGAGUUUCCGGCUGCGGUUGUUUACGUGGCUGGUUUGGACUUUUUGAAGGAAAGGGGAGUAAUCAACUCGCUUGCUCCAACAACAUAUGACCAACUUCAUCAAGAACCAUUAGUAAUUGCUGCUGAUGAUUAUCACCAAUGAUAUCAGAGAUCUCAUUAGAAUUUUCAUUUUCAUUGUGUUUUGGUAAUAAUACUAGACAUGAAUUUAAGCAAUUCCAAUUCCAAUAA